GGCUAUUUUCACUCUUUUUAAACCUUCUUAUUUAUUUGUAUCUUCUCUCUUCCAUUGGGGCAUUGGUCUUAACAACUGCCACCCAUUCACAGAUAGACAGACACCCCCUUUUCCUUUCCUCUUUUUCUUUUUUGCGCUUCUAUAAACUAACUAUUUAAAGCGUCAUUUUUCCGUUAAUCCUUUUCAUUAACAUCACAGAUCACUCUCUCUCUCUCUCUCCCUUGGACCUUUUUGGGUUUUCCUCUUUUACAGAGAUUAUAGCUAUCCGCUAGAGUAGAGAAAAGAGGGAGCCGGAGAUCUAGACACUUUCAACUUGAUCUAUCUGGGUUUUUUUUUAGCGGAAGCUAAAAAGGUUUCUCUUUCUUGGGUUUUCUUUUUUUCUGAAAAACAAAUAUGUGGUGGAUGAUGAAUGAAGGAGGAGGACAUUAUUGUUCUAAAAAAUCUGAUGAUAUCUGUGGAGAUGUUUGUGGCCAGGAAUCAAGCCGGUUGAGCAUGUCGAGAAUCCGUUGUAUACUGCGCGGCAUUGAUUUCAAAACUUACAUUUUUGUAUUUGUUAUGAUUCCGACAUGUAUAUUCGGUAUAUAUCUUCAUGGCCAGAAGAUUUCGUACUUUCUUCGGCCACUGUGGGAAUCACCACCCAAACCUUUCCAUGAUAUCCCACAUUAUUAUCAUGAAAAUGUGUCGAUGGAGACGCUCUGCAAACUUCACGGUUGGGGGAUUCGUGAAUUUCCAAGACGGGUUUAUGAUGCGGUGUUGUUUAGUAAUGAGGUGGAUAUUCUUACUCUACGGUGGCAAGAGUUGUACCCCUACAUUACACAGUUUGUUCUUCUCGAGUCUAAUUCCACAUUUACUGGAAUUCCAAAGCCUAUGGUUUUUGCUAGCAAUCGAGAUCAAUUCAAGUUUGUUGAGCCCCGGUUGACUUAUGGGACAAUCGGAGGAAGGUUUAAGAAAGCAGAAAACCCCUUUGUUGAGGAGGCUUUGCAGCGAGUAGCAUUAGACCAACUUCUCAAAAUUGCAGGAAUUACAGACGAUGACUUGUUGAUAAUGUCGGAUGUUGAUGAGAUACCAAGCAGACAUACUAUCAAUCUCCUCAGGUGGUGUGAUGACAUACCUCAAGUGCUUCAUCUUCGGCUAAAGAAUUAUCUUUAUUCCUUUGAGUUUCUUGUGGAUAACAACAGCUGGAGGGCAUCUGUCCAUAGGUAUCAAACAGGGAAAACAAGGUAUGCUCAUUAUCGCCAGUCGGAUGAGAUUCUGGCAGAUGCGGGUUGGCACUGCAGCUUUUGCUUCCGCCGCAUCAGUGAGUUCAUAUUUAAGAUGAAAGCUUACAGCCAUAAUGAUAGAGUGAGGUUCUCACACUAUUUGAACCCGAAAAGGAUUCAGAGAGUAAUCUGCAAGGGUGCUGAUCUAUUCGACAUGCUUCCGGAGGAGUACACAUUCAAGGAAAUAAUCGGGAAAAUGGGACCUAUCCCUCAUUCCUACUCAGCCGUUCAUCUUCCAUCAUUUCUUCUAGAGAAUGCAGAUAAAUACAAGUUUCUUUUGCCUGGAAAUUGUAUUAGAGAAAGUGGGUGAUUCUUGGAAUAACAUGAGAUGUUUGUACCUGUAAAGGCUAGUCGGAGGUGCUGCCGGUGUGCGACUCUUGACAAAGGGUUCGAUUGAAUGAUUAACGACUGCGACACCUCACUGAGCAGCCUUGUCUUUUAUCCAGCUUAAAAUGUUUUUCCAGUUCCUUGGCAGAAUGAUUGAAGAGUUGGAUAAAUGCUUGGAAAUUCUCGGUUUGUAUAUAACUUUUUUUCUUUUUCAUGAUUUGAGAUUUUACUUGGUGGAGGAUAUUUCAUUCACUGAGCGAUGUAUUAUUACUUAGAAUGAGUCUCUGAUACAUUAGUUUGAGAUCCCUGUGAUAUCCCUAUGUUGGGAAGUUUUGUUUUGAGACAAUUUAUUCAUACAUGUUCUUAUGGAAUUCCUUAAUUUGUUCC